AUGGGGCCCUCUUCCAGCUCCGGCUUCUAUGUGAGCCGGGUGGUGGCCGCUCUGUUGGCGGGACUGGCAGCCGUGCUUCUGCUAGCGCUGGCGGUGUUUGCUGCCCUGUACGGUCAGUGCGCUCGCGUUCAGCCGUCGGAGAUGUGUGGUCGCGGGGUCCCCUUUGUCGCCACCUCUCCGCGGAACGGUGGAGAGGCACCUCCGCUAACUUCGAAGCCUGACCCUGCUCGGGAACCGGCGGUGGCGUACACUCCGCGCAACUGGCGACCCCCGGGGCCCUGGGACCAGCUGCGCCUGCCGUCCUGGAUCGUGCCACUGCACUACGAGCUGGAGCUGUGGCCUCGACUGCGGCCGGACGACCUUUCCACGACUUCUUUGAUAUUUACCGGCCGCGUGAACAUCACCGUGCGUUGUGCUGUGUCCACGACGCGGUUGCUGCUUCACAGCCUCUUCCUGAACUGUGAGCAUGCCGAGGUGCAGGGUCCCCUAUCCUCGGAGUCCGGGGACGCCACUGUGGGCACUGUGCCUAUAAACGACGUGUGGUUUGCGCUAGACACACAGUACUUGGUACUAGAGCUUGGCGAGGCCUUGCAACCUGGGAGCCACUACAAACUGCAGCUCAGCUUCUCCGGCCUGGUGUACCAGGACACCAGGGAGGGGCUCUUUCUCAACGUCUACACUGAUCAGGGCGAACGCAGGGCCCUGUUAGCAUCUCAGAUGGAGCCCACAUUUGCUCGGAAUGUUUUCCCUUGUUUUGAUGAGCCAGCUCUGAAGGCAACCUUUAAUAUUACAAUUAUACAUCACCCAAGUUAUGUGGCACUUUCCAACAUGCCAAGACUAGGUCAGUCUGAAAGAGAAGAUGUGAAUGGAAGCAAAUGGACAAUUACUACCUUUUAUACCACACCCCGAAUGCCAACAUACUUAGCUGCAUUCGCUAUAUGUGACUAUGACCAUGUCAACAGAACUGAAAGGGGCAAGGAGAUACGCAUCUGGGCCCGAAAAGAUGCCAUUGCAAAUGGGAAUGCGGAUUUUGCUUUGAACAUCACCGGCCCCAUCUUCUCUUUUCUGGAAGAUUUAUUUAACAUUAGUUACCCUCUUCCAAAAACAGAUAUAAUUGCCUUACCUAUUUUUGACAAUCGUGCAAUGGAAAACUGGGGAUUAUUGAUGUUUGAUGAGUCAUUAUUGUUGCUGCAACCAAGUGAUCAGCUGACAGGAAAGAAGACUGUGAUCUCCUACAUUAUCUCCCAUGAGAUUGGACAUCAGUGGUUUGGAAACUUGGUUACCAUGAGUUGGUGGAACAAUAUCUGGCUCAAUGAGGGAUUUGCCUCUUACUUUGAGUUUUGCAUAAUUAACUACUUCAAUCCUAAACUCCCCAAAAACGAGGUCUUUUUUUCUAACAUUUUACAUGGUGUCCUCAGAGAAGAUCACGCCUUGGUGUCAAGAGCUGUGUCCUUGAAAGUGGAAAAUUUCACAGAAACGAAUGAAAUAAAUGAACUCUUUGACUUAUUUACUUACAAUAAGGGAGCGUCCAUGGCCCGGAUGCUUUCCAGUUUCCUGAAUGAGAAUUUGUUUAUUGGUGCACUCAAGUCAUAUUUGGAGACAUUUUCUUACUCAAAUGCAGAACAGGAUGAUCUCUGGAGGCAUUUUCAAAUGGCUAUAGAUGACCAGAGUAAAAUUCUUUUGCCUGCAACAGUAAAAACUAUAAUGGACAGCUGGACACAUAAGAGCGGUUUUCCAGUUAUCACCUUAAAUGUAUCCUCUGGUGUCAUGAAACAGGAGCCAUUUUAUCUUGGAAAGGUUAAAAAUCAGACACAUCUAACCCACAAUGACACAUGGAUUGUCCCUAUUCUUUGGAUGAAAAAUGGAACUAUACAGUCUUUAGUCUGGCUAGAUGAAAGCAGCAAAGUAUUCCCUGAAAUGCAAGUUUCAGAUUCUGACCAUGAUUGGGUGAUUUUAAAUUUUAAUAUGACUGGAUAUUAUAGAGUUAAUUAUGAUAAAUUGGGUUGGAAGAAAUUAAAUCAACAGCUUGAAAAAGAUCAUAAGGGUAUUCCUGUUAUUCACAGAUUGCAGCUGGUUGAUGAUGUCUUUUCCUUGUCUCGAAACAAUUAUAUUGAGAUUGAAACAGCACUUGAUAUAACCAAGUACCUCGCUGAAGAAGAUGAAAUCAUAGUAUGGCAUGCAGUCUUGGCAAAUCUGGUAACCAGGGAUCUUAUAUAUGAUGUGAACCACUAUGAUAUAUACCCAUUAUUAAAGAAAUAUCUAUUAAAGAGACUUAACUCAAUAUGGAAUAUUUAUUCAGCCAUCAUUCGUGAAAACAUGGCAGCAUUGCAAGAUGACUAUUUAGCCCUCAUAUCACUGGAGAAACUUUUCAAAACUGCAUGUUGGUUGGGCCUUGAAGACUGUCUACAGUUAUCAAGAGAACUCUUCAUAAAAUGGAUAAACCAUCCAGAAAAUGAAAUACCUUAUCCAAUUAAGAGUGUGGUCUUAUGUUAUGGCAUUGCCUUGGGAAAUGAUAAAGAAUGGGACUUUUUGUUAAAUAUCUACACUAAUCAAACCAAGGACGAAGAAAGAAGUCAACUUGCUUAUGCUAUGAGCUGCAAUAAAGACCCAUGGAUACUUAAUAGAUACCUGGAAUAUGCCAUUACUACAUUUCCAUUUAAUUUUAAUGAAACAAAUAUAAUCAAUAUUGUGGCAGCAUCUGAAGUUGGCCGAUACAUUGCAAAGGACUUUUUAGUCAAUAAUUGGCAAGCUGUGAGAGAAAGGUACGGAUCACAAUCAUUGGUUACUCUGAUGUAUAUUAUUGGGAGAACCGUAAGUACAGAUUUGCAGAUUAUAGAGCUGCAGCAGUUUUUCAGCAAUAUGUUGGAGGAGCACCAAAGGAUCACAGUUCACGCCAAAUUACAAACAAUAAAGAUGGAGAAUCUCAAAAACAAAAAACGGAGUACCAGGAUAGCUGGAUGGCUGCGGAAAAACACAUAGCUCAGUGGUCAUUUUUGCAUACCUCAUGCACACAUUAUAAUGUUGUUUGCUCACAGUUUUGUCAUCCAACACUUUGUGACUCUAGAGGACCACACAUCUUGUUAUUUGUAAAUCAGUUUUUCCCACAUUGUCAUA